AUGCAUUUUGCUUUUGACUUUUUAUUAGUUGGAACUGGAGAAAUGCUUUAUCCCAUCACUCAUUUAAAUAUCGAAUCCGAUCAAUCUUUAUGGUUUCAAUCCAUAUUUAGACCCGAUUCGAUUUUGCAGUUUGGAUGCGAACGGAAACGAUUAUACUUUCGACAAUCUUAG